AGGCAAAGUCAAUCUAUCUAUGAUUGAUAAAUAACAAAAAAAUAAAGAAUUCACCAAAAAUAAAACAAUCUAUAACAAACUCAAUCUAAAUUUUAGAAAAACUAAACCCUUUUUAUUUUGUAUACUACGAUAAUCAACUUUACUACCCCAUCUCUUUCUCUCAUUCAAUUCAGUUCUCAUCGUCGCAAAGUGAUCUUAUCCUUGAGUUUGGCCAUAGAAUUUCAGAUGGGGGGCUCUAGCUAUUCUAACGUAGAUUGUGACGAAGUGAGUGUAUCGGCUACUCCAUCUCGGAAGCAAGAAUUGCUGAAAUUUGAACUUCUAUCACUCAAUACUGACUUUCCUCCUAGCUGUGAUGGUGAUAAUAGGUCUGUGAAUGAGGGUUGUGAAUCACCUUUAUCAUCCUGGGAUUCAGAACCUGAAACUGAUAUCCCGUCUUUGAUCAAUUGUGAUGGCAUGCCUGAUCAAGGAUCCCUUCAAAGUAUUAACCUGGAAGAGAACUAUCUUGGUAUGGAAGAACAAAAUCAGUUUGUUGGGGUCGAAAACACGGAUGAUGGUUUAUUGUGGGAGAUGGACAACAGAAGUUAUGAAGAGUUGCUCAAAAAGUUCAAUGAAAAGGAGGAAGAGCUCAGAGUUGCCAAUUUUAAGCUUCAUAAUAGUGAGGCUCAGCUUGAUAAUGUGUGUGAAGAAUUGAAGCUGAAAGAGGAGGAACUGAAUAAACAAAAAGAGCUUUCAGAAGAAGAGAUUUUCAAAUUGAAGACUCAAAUUGAGGAAAGUGAGAUUCAGCUUAAAGUGACACAGGAAAGUAUGGACAAAUUAGAAUUCGAGUUAGUUUCAGAAUUGGAGGCUAAUGAAACUAACAAUGAGCAAGAGGUGCAGAAAUUGAAGUCGGAAAUGCUUGACUCGAAGGCUAAGUUCUCUUUGGAGAAAGAUAAGCUGCAUUUUGAUAUUGCAAUUUUGUCAAAAAGGAAAACAGAAUUGACCUUUAAACUAGAGGAUUGUGAUUCUAGAAACAAGGAAUUAGAAAACAAACUAAAGCAAUAUGAAGCUGAAAAGUUGAAUCAAUUAGAGCUGCAUGCUACUCAAAUUGUUUUGCAAGAUGAAAUCAUCUCUUUGAGGCAAGAACUUCAACAGAGAAUGGAUGAUGCAGAAGCCACAAAUAAGAAAUUGGAUAUGGUAAUGAUUAAACUAGAUGAAGCCAAUGUCAUGAUUGCUAAUUCUAAAGCAGAGAUAUGCUCCCGCGAUGGUAAAAUAUCAAAAAUGAAGAAAUACACUGAUGAUGUAAAAACAUCAUUGAAGGAGCUGAUGGAUGACUAUAACACUGCACUGAAUGAAGUAAAUAACUUGAAACCGCGAGUGGGAGAACUCGAAAACGAGGUGACUAGACAGAAUGGUGUGAUCUCAGAUAUGACCACGGGGAAUAAGGAAGCACUUAGACAAGUACAUGAGCACUAUGAGGGUAAACUUGAGAUCUACAAGACUGCAUAUAAUGAACUUCUUCAAAAAUCAUAUAGGUAAAGGUGGCGUGGCAGUCGUGCUGUUAUAGCUUCCCAAGGUUACAUUUAGUUGUGUCUCGUCGUUUUUUUUUUUAUAACUCUUUGGUUCUAAUUAGUUUUCUAAACAUUGCAGAAUCAGUGGUUUACUCAUUUUUAUUAUAGCAUCAAUAAAAUCUCGCUAUUAUUUUUUUAAUGUGUUAUUGAUGUAAACUUUCUUAA